UAGGUAAAUAUGUAAUCACAUUUAGCGUCAGCCUAGACACAGCCACAUAAUUCAGCUGAAGGUCAACAGGGACAAGCGGAGGAAGGCGAAGGUGGCUAGUAGUACUACGCUCGAGUGUGGAUAAGGAGUUCUAAAAUUUUGUUGCAUUAUUCAUGAAUUUAAUAAAGAUGUUCUUUGAUUAAUCGGAUUAAUCCAGUAAUCACAACAAAAUUGGCGACGAGGAACGAGGAUGAGCACGAUGCAGCCACGCAAUGAGUAAGCACGUUUCCACAUAUCACAAGUUCAAGAUCCAUCCAAUGAAACUAUUUUACCUGAUUGCUAUUGCUCAUCGAAUAUAAAUAAUCAGCAUGACGGAAUUAACCCAAUUUAUCGCUACUUUGCAACAACUACUGGAAAAAGUUAGUAACCCGACCCCGCACCCAGAGACGCCACGUCAGGAAGAUAAAGAGGAUGCUUCAAAGAUACACUUCGACAACUUCAACGGAAAAAUAGAGUCAUUUACGACGUAUAUUCAACGACUCGAAAACUUGUUUGACCUCCAUCGAAUUCAAGCCACUCCUGACGGAAACGCACUGCGAGCCAAGAUUUGCCUACUUCAAAAACGUAUACCGAAAUUGUAGAUGUUUUAACGAAACAUCUAUGUCCAAGGCAAAACAUAGACGUAGCUCAAUUCAAUUUUAUGAAGAGAUCUCAAACAGCAAGCGAAACCAUUAGUGAGUAUCUAGCUUCCUUAAAGCAAUUAAGUAUACCUUGUCAAUUCAAUUGUAUACAUGAUAGUUGUAAACGAUCAGUUUCGGCACUUUUCCUACGACCAGUAUUCAUAUGUGGCCUUCGAGAUUCAAAUAUUCGCGAGAGGUUAUUAAUCGAACAAAAACAGUCAUUUGACGAGCUAGUUGAACUUGCGAUCACCCUCGAAGCAUCAAAGAGGAAUAACGAGAAUCUUGCGGCAAGCUGUUCAUCAACCUUACCAACGGGAGUUAUUCAAUCAGCUGUGCAAGUUAAUGAAGUGAAAUCUCACAAGAAAAUUCAUCGAAACCGCAGCCGUAACAGGAAUAGCGAUCAUGUUCGAAAUUCCUCAAACUCUCAAAGUCGCUGUAAUUCACAGACACGUAAUAAAUUCAGUUAUCUAGGAAUAGGUCACUUAUGUUUACGCUGUGCACUGGCAAAUCACUCAUCACGUGAAUGUAGAAUCUCGCAAGAUAAACUGCAUUGCAAUUCGUGCAAUAAAUCCGGGCAUGUUGCUAAAGUCUGCAUAUCUACGUUAUUCAAAAAUCGGAAGAAUCGCAAUGCUUCGGUACAAUACCUCGAUGACCCAAUGCCUUCAAGCAGCUCAAGUUCAAAUUAUGUGCUACAAGUUGUCACCAUUCCAAAUAUUUUGAACACCUCAGUUAACUACACUGACAGAAAGUUUCAAAUUGCUGUGCAAUUAGAAAAUAAGGAAUCCAACUUCGAAAUUGAUUCUGGCAGUCCUGUAACGUUUAUGUCGAAGAGCAAUUAUGAUAAAUUAAAGCUAAGUGCGGUUAUUCAAAGUGCGGACAUUCAAUUUCGUUCGUUUACACUACAGCCAUUCACUCCAUACGGAAAAGCGGAGAUAAGUGUUCAAUAUCGUGAUAUAGGUGCAACACUACCACUUUAUAUCAUUAAUCGAAAUGUAACGUCGAUUUUAGGAAGAGAUUGGAUGAAAACUCUAGGGUUAUCAAUAACUCAUACAAAUCCCAGUGAUCGUACACCACAGGAGCCCUACGCAGUUCAACAAGUGCAGUCUCCCAAUUCAAAUUGUGCGGAAGAAAUAUUUUCUACGUUUGCAGAUCUGUUUAAACCAGAAAUAGGAUGCAUUCCCGGGAUAAAGUGUUCGUUACGAAUUCGCGAAAACACGAAGCCCAUGUUUUUAAAAAACCGUACAGUGCCAUAUGCGUUACUCGAUAAAGUAAAUAAAGAGCUUGAUAAAUUGGAAUCACAACAAAUAAUUACCAAGACUACACACAGCGAAUGGGGAUCACCUUUAGUAAUCGUACCGAAAUCAAAUAAUGAAGUACGGCUCUGCGUAGAUUUUAAAGCUACAGUCAAUCCAAAUUUACACGAGGCAAGAUACCCCAUCCCAUUAAUCGAAGAUAUUUUCAACAGAUUACGAGGUGGAGUAUAUUAUUGCACCUUAGAUGUACAUAAAGCAUAUUACCACAUCAAAAUGGACGAAGAAAGCUCAAAAAUUCAAGCUAUUUCUACGCACCGCGGAGUCUAUCUCAUGAAUCGAUUGGCUUUUGGAAUUAAAGUCGCACCCAACGAAUUUCAACGUAUCAUGGAUGAAACAUUCUCACACAUUCCAGGCACCGCCGUGUAUUUUGAUGACAUUAUUAUCACAGGUAGUACAAUUGAGGAAUGUCGACAGCGGUUAAUCACCUGCUUACAUAAAUUACGCUCGAUGAAUUUGCAUUUAAAUCGCGACAAGUGCAAGUUGUUUCAAACGGAAGUGACAUAUUUAGGGCACACAAUCGGGAAAUUUGGUAUUAAGAAAACGAAGGAUAAAGUUCAAGCCAUUGUAGAUGCGCCACGCCCGAUCAACUCCGAACAGGUACAUUCCUUUAUUGGUCUUACGAUGUAUAAACGCCAAAUUUCUACCUGA